CCCCUAUUGAUGCAGCCUCUGCUCGCAAAUAUUCCCCCGUCCCGUGCAGAUGUCUACGGAUAAUGGUUAGGGGGGGACUGUCACCAAUCCAGUUUGCAGGUCUGCGCAGAGAGUGGAGAGGCAGCGAUGCAGCAAUGAUGAUGACAUGUGGCGGGGAGAAUACGUGAACUGCCGCCCGUGAUAUGACGUCAAAAAGACAUAUUCGUCCUCUCAAGCAUGGUAACCGAAUACCUAGAUUUUAGGGAAGUCCGUACGUACGUAGUAAUAAUAUUAAACGCCAAAAGGCAUGGCCGUACGACCAAUGCUGAAGGCAUGGGCAAACAUGACCGGAACAGAAUCUCUGUCAAGUGAUAGCCGAAGCCGCUCUCAACUUGCCACGUCUCUUUUUCCUCUUCUUCAUAGAUGCAACGCUGCGAUCUAGUCAACGACCAGACAAUGACAACGAAGCCGAACUCCAACGCCGGAGACCCGCUGAGUACCAAGAACCACGUGCUCCAGGCUGGUGCAUCGGCGAUUCAGGACUUUGCGCCUCUCAAAAACAUCUGCGCCCAUCUCAACGCUUUCCAUGCCUACGCAUCGGACCCCUCCCGUGCCGUGGAAGCAAAUCACUACUGCGGCCAUCUGAACGAGGACGUGCGGCAGUGCAUCCUCUACGACAGCCCCGAGCCUAACGCGCGCAUCAUCGGCAUCGAGUACAUGAUCACGCCCAAGCUGUACGAGACGCUGGAGCCGGAGGAGCGCAAGCUCUGGCACAGCCACGUGUACGAGGUCAAGUCGGGCAUGCUCAUCAUGCCGCAGGCGACGCUGCCGGACGCCGUCUGGGAGGCGGCGGAGAACAAGGAGAUGGAGCAGGUGGUCCACCUCUACGGCAAGGUCUACCACCUCUGGCAGGUCGACAAGGGCCACCGGCUGCCCCUCGGCGAGCCGCAGCUCAUGACCAGCUUCACCAGGCCGGGCCAGUUGGACUUUGACAAGUACGUCAACGAGCGGGACCGCAGGUUCAGGUCGGACUACAAGCGAAAGCAGGAGGCUCGCGAGCACAUCGAGACACCCGCGGUUCAUCCCGACGCUGACCAGGCCUGGAAUAACCAUAGCAAAGAACCAUAGCAAUGAAGCAUAAAGAUAGACAUUAGACUGUCAAACACUGAUGAGGUUGCCUGCAACGCCGACACUUCUCUUUUUCUGAUGGGGUCUCCUGC